AUGACCGUCACUGUUGUGGCUACCCCUGCAGCGAAGACGAAACGUCGCGACCCCCUGAGAACCAUCGACAUGGCAACUUCCCAGGCCCAGGCGCGUCCUGCGCCAUCCGCCACGUCUGGCAAAGCGGGUCGGAAAGGCAUGAGAUCGAGUGCGCGACUGAGUUUGAACAGUCAGGAGAAGGCCGAGGAGGCUUCAACGCGGGGGAAAAAAAGGAAUUCUUUCAGCGAGGACGACGAUGAUUUCCAGUUCACACGCAUACCCAAGAAAUCGAAACCUACGGUGGCCGCCAUUCCCGAGCAUGUCACUGAAGAGUCUGCACCGCAGCCGUCCCCGAAGAGAGGUCGACCACCGAAAAAGCGAGCUGCAGAGAAGUCUGAAGCUCCUACCGAAACGAAUCAUACGACGGAACCUCGGGCGAAGCGAUCGACGAGAGGGAAGAUGAAAGAUCCGGCGCCUGAGCCUGAAGCACAACCUCAAACACAACCUCAAACCCAAACGCAAACCCACGCACAACCGCAACCACAGCCCCCACAGCAGCCUCAACCGGCGAAUGAUAAUCAUGAUCGCACUGAGCCAGCACCAAAAGAAAAAGAGAGAAAGAAACGAAGAGGACGACCGAGCAAAUCGAACGAGGAGGCUGAGCGGCGAAACGGACUCGUGUCUCCAGAGCCUCAGAAGACAGGGACGGCAACAAUUGCACUCCCUGCGGCCGACACGCCGGUUAUUCAACGGAAUAAGGAAAUGAGAGGACAGACAAAGGCAGGAAAAGGAAAUAGGCGAAGCAGUUUAGGGAUGAGAGGGCGACGAGCUAGUUCACUCAUCGAUUCUGGGGUUUCGAAUGCUUUACCCCACAAGGAGGUUGGCACGGCAGACUUCUACAAGCACAUUUCCAGCGACGGUCUACCAGAGCCGAAGAGGAUGCGUCAACUUUUGACUUGGUGUGGAACUCGCGCGUUGGGAGAGAAGCCCACUGGGUCGGGUGCUGAGGAUGCCAGCGUGCAUUUGGCGGCGCGUGUGAUCCAGGAGGAAAUUUUGAAGGAGUUUUCCAUUAAUUCCGAGCUAUCGAACUGGUUCUCCCGGGAAGAUAUCAACCCUCCGUCGGUCGUGGUCAAGAAGCCGAACCCAAAGAAUGUUCAGAAUACAGAGAAGAUCAAGGAGCUGGAGGAGCAAAUUCAGAAGCUACAAAAACAGAAGCAUUCUUUAAGUGCGCUCCUCCGAUCUUCGCCUAUCCCGCCGAUUAAGCAACCCCCAAGCCAACCGGAUACUGCAACAAAUGGGCAUCCCGAGCAGCGGCUGUCACAAACGGAGCCUGAUCCUAAUAAAUCUGGGCAUCAAAAGCAGUCCCAUCAACCCGACUCGAUCGACCUUUCGCUCCUUGAGCCCUCUCAACUCAAACUUUAUGCCUUGCUAGACCCUGAUGCAGCAAAGCGACAUUCAACCACGGAGUCCGAAGAAACAGCACCCCCUUCGGACGCCACUACUCUGCCUCUAAUCAACCCUUCAACUAUCUCUACGCGUUUGUCCCGUAUAACCUCUGGUCUUGCACCAACCUUGGAUUCGUUCGCGGCUGGCGUCCAUGAUAUCGAGCUAUAUCGGGCUAUGUCCGACAAUGUAUCGUCGCGGAUCCUGCGCAUCUGCGCCGAGCGAUUAGAUGAGCGCGAAGCCAGAAAAUCCCUAGGAAGACUGGCUUUGGAAGAGCAAGGAGAGCAAAAAGACCUCAGUCUCCGGCCACGCGUUCGAGAGGACAUCGGUGUGAUCCUCGGGGCCCUCAGUCGAGUCGAACGACGGGGAUAA